AUGGGGGUGGGAGGCGGGUGCAGCCAUGCAAGGAGCCACGAUAACUUCCUGUCCCCGCCCGGAGCUCACCACAGCUUCCUGCUGCGGGCGGGCGGCGCUGAGUGUAGGAGAGGAGGGGAUCGGGGGAACGGAACCGUCGGGACCGGGGAGCAGAUGGAGACCAUCUACGUGGGUACUGGCCUCCUCUGGCUCCUCAUUCUACUAUUCCCAGCCCUGCUUGUCACUGCUCUGUGUCUGUGUUGCCGGGACCUCCCUGGCCCCAAUUCUGAGGUCCCCUCCAGUGACGGCUCACAUCAGACAAGUAGUGGAUUAGUCAUCAUCAAACCCCGCUACACUAAUACUUCGUGGCCCUCUACGUGGCCCCCUGGCCAGUCAGAUCUCCCUAUCCCGAGGUCUCCACAACAUCCAGGGUUGUCACACCGGAUUCCUUCUUCUCGACGGGACCCAGAUACCCGCAGUGAACCCAGCUAUGAAAAUGAGGAAUCUGAAGAUGCUGAUGGGGAAGAGGAGGACUACCCCAAUGAAGGAUACCUUGAGGUUCUACCUGAUGGCUCACCAAACUCCAGUUCUGCACCUCUGUCCAACUCGGCACCUAACCUGGGCAAUCCUGGCCUUAGGGAUAGUCCAUCUUCUAUGGUAUCAGGAGAAGAUUAUGUGAAUGUCCUAGAGAGUACAGAGGUAUCUCUGGGUGGUAGCUGUGAAUAUGUGAAUGUACCAGAAGCCCAGGAGGAAAGGACACCUUCGAGUAGGACCCCAGUGACUGACCAGGAUGGUGAGGAAGAGGGACCCGAUUAUGAAAAUGUACAGGAACAAAGUGGACAUUCCUUCACCUGAGACCCAGCACCUCUUGGAUAUGGGCAAAUGGAAGCAUCAGUGGACCUUCUGAGCACCCCUGACCUCUGUUUCUCAUCCUGACACCAUCCUGAGAGUCAGCCCUUUAACUUAUUAUUACUUUGGAAAUUCCCCGGCCCCUGACCCCAUCCCAAGCAGUCCGCACCUUCUCCUGACAUAGCCUGAGAACAACUUCCCCCUUUGCUCCCUAGCCUGUGGGCUAUGGUCCCUCCUUAGUGUAUUGAAUUAAAGUC